AUGCCUGGCUUCCUGAAGCAGGUCGUGGGCUGGACGCUGCCCGGCAUGUUCGGGAAUUUCUCUCCACGCAGGCCGCCGCGGCCCAAGGUCCUCAUCCUGACGGGCCCCACAGGCGUCGGCAAGACGGAGCUGGCCCUGGAUCUGGCGCAGCGGCUGGGUGGAGAAAUCAUAAGUGCCGAUUCGGUGCAGGUCUACAGAGGCCUCGACGUGGGCUCAGACAAAAUCCCCUUCGACAGGCGGCGUGGUAUUCGUCACCAUUUGAUUGACAUCCGGGCGCCUGAGGAGGAGUUCUCUGCUGGGCAUUUUCACGAGGAGGCCAGGAGGGUGACGGAGGAAAUACUUCAGCGAGGCAAAACACCUAUUGUUGCUGGCGGAACAGGUUUCUACCUCAAAUUUUACGUCCAUGGAAAGUCCAGUAAUCCUGCCUCAGAUCCGGACGCCUUAGCAAGAGCAAAGGAGUCCCUGGAACAUGUUGUUGCUGGCGUGCUACGGGAGGCCAAAAUGCUGCUUGACCUAGGACUUCAGCCAGGGGAAAGCAGCGCAACAAGGGCCAUUGGAUACAGGGUGUCCAUGGAGUUUCUGAAGGUGUGGUGGCAGCACAUUGGGAUGAUUGGAGCAUGCACAUACCCAGAGUUCCGUGUGUAUCCACAACGUCCAUAUAAGUACAGGAAAAGUGGCUUCCAUGAAGUUUUAUUUCAGAAGAUAUUGCCCCACUGUGCAGCAGACUGCACUGUGGAUGAUCUGCAGAAAUACAGUGCAAAUGUUUGUUUGCACAUUUGCUUCAUCGUUUUCAGUUCCUGUUUCUUUGUCAACACUCAAGAGGCCAUGCCCAAGCUAGGUUAG